GCCACCGCUGCGCAGUUUUAUUUUUGUGUGGUGUCCUAUUACAAACGCAAGACAUUCGGCGACAGGAAAAGAUAAGCCGACAUGUACGUUCCUCUGAUAUUAUGAAAUGCCAACGACCAAACUCAUUGCACAUUUCGUAGUGAGUUUCGGAGACAUUUCUUCUGCGAGGAUCAAUCAAAAAGAUUCGAGACAAGACCUUGCUGGAAACAUACGGGCAUCGGACGGGCCAUCACGAUCCCUCCACCUUGCUUAUAGUUGAUGGACAAGAUCAAGACUUCAGACGCUGUGCUAAAGCAGUGUUUGCAUAUAAUUGGCUACGCUUUCGUAUCUACCGUGAGUGACAGGAAAGAUGGCUAUCUAGUUCUAACCACAUUCUUGGCAGCGGCUCAUCCCCAUCCAAACAAGCGGCAACCAUCAAGUGCACGGUACUUUAGCGGUCGUUUUACCGAGGGCACCGAGAGGCCAGUAUCGCAUGUGAAGAUCCUAUCUGAAGCAGACAUUCAUGUAAACAUCUUAAUAAAAUCUCAUAAACUCACUACGCAGCAAGCUGACGCUGAAGCAGACCAGGCCCAGCAGCAGCCACCGCUGUACUGAAGACGGUGUGUGUGACGGUACAAAAGGGAAGUCCGCUGGGGUCGUCCCGGCUGUGGUGCAACAAUUCAUCAAUUCGUUUGCCGCUGGUCCAUAAUUGCCAGGACUAGGUCCAUAAUUAAAGAAAGCUGGAAUGGGGGAGGGGGUGAUGUUUCACGAUGCGUUUCGUAAUUUUACUUUUCAUAUUUAUUCUUCUCUUGCGAAACAUCCUAAUUGUUGAGCUGUUUCGUACACGCUAGUGCGACACAGACAGACCGGGCUGGACCGGACCAGAGUGACGUACGUCUGUAGUCUUCACUUGCGCUACAAAUAUUGCCGGACCACAAUCUCGA